AUGGAUCCACCGAACCAUGGUGCCCACCAGCUCCCCGAAAACGACGUCGAGAAACAGGGUGAGUUGGAGGCCACCGAACUCAAUGUCACCACCGACGCCGGCAGCGACACUUUGAAUCACAGUGACAUCCCUCCUGAUCCCCUCCUCCUCAAAGGCAAGCUCGCCAAGUUGAAUGCCAAGGUGGAGAGCCUUGCAGGGCUUGAAGCUCGUGGCAUAACACGUGUAUUGCAGGAGGAGAAACAUCAUGGUGAUAUACACGGUUACCUGCAAAUGUUUGCACUGUGGUUCAGCAUUAGUUUGACGGCAAUAAAUAUUAUUACUGGUCUGCUUGGGCCACUAGUGUUUCAGCUUGGCUGGGUGGAUUGCGUCUGCAUUGUCAUCUUUGCCAAUGCUCUUUCUGCUUGCGGAGCCUCUUAUACAUCCACAUUUGGGCCGGAAAGCGGAAAUCGAACCAUGAUUAUUGGUCGAUAUUUCAUGGGCUACUGGCCUUCAAAGCUUUUCUGUAUCCUCAACUUAGUCAUGCAACUAGGCUGGGGAAUCAUCGGAUGCAUUAUCGCCGGCCAGAUGUUCUCGGCUGUCAAUGGCGCAGGCUUAAGUGUUUCUGUUGGCUGUGUUAUCAGCGCCGUUUGCAUUGGCUUGAUUGCCACAUUUGGUAUCGCCAUUAUCUACACAUACGGGAGAUACGCGUUCAUCCCACAAAUUUUCGCCAUUCUUGUCCUUGUCGGCUCUGCUGGCAAAAGCUUCGAUACUUCCACUGUUGCUGUCGGUCCUGCUGGUACUGUUACCGCACAUCGUUGCUCUUUCUUCGCCUUGUUGUUCGCAACCGUAAUUGGCUUGGCCGGUUUAGGUGCCGAUUUCUACGUCUAUUACCCGACCGCGACCCCCAAAUGGAUCACUUUCUUGACGACCUGGUCUGGUAUCUGGCUACCUACGAUCUUCUGUAAUAUUAUUGGCGUGGGUAUCGCGACGGGCGUGGCUACAACCCCGGCCUGGAAUGACGCCUACAGCAUUUCAUCAGGUGCGCUCUUCUUAGCUUGCUAUGACGGCUUGGGUGGCUUCGGCGGCUUCUGUGUCGUUAUCCUCGCCCUCGGCUCUAUCACCAAUAACGCCCCUGGUACUUACGCUGGAGCACUGACAAUCCAAGUCCUUGGCCGUUAUGCAAAGGCGAUUCCUCGCUGGUUUUGGUGUGUCGUUAUCACGCUGAUUGAACUUAUCUGCUCCGUCGCAGGGCGUAAUUAUCUGUUCAGAAUCUUUGAAAAUUUUCUCCCAAUUAUGAGCUAUUCGGUUUGUCCUUGGCUAAGUAUUGCCCUGGAAGAACAUCUCCUUUUUCAUGUACUUAGAGGCGUGCCGUUCGACUGGACGGCAUGGGAUGAUAAGAAGAAGUUGCCCAUUGGUGCGGCGGCGUUAUUUGCUUCGCUCGUUGGCUGGGCGGGUGCCCUUAUGGGGAUGCAUCAGAUUUGGUAUCAAGGGCCUAUUGCUCUAAAGAUCGGAGGGUAUGGAGGCGAUAUUGGGGCCUGGACGUCAAUAGCAUUUGCGUGCAUUACGUACCCGCCAUUGAGAUAUGUGGAAUUGAAGAGAUUUGGAAGGUAG